AUAAAACUUACUAAUGAGCGCUCAAGUUGGAAGGAAAGUAGCUUUCACCAAGUUCGAGAAGAAUAUCCACAAAUUCAAGAAUGGAAGGAACAUCGAAUUUAUUGACAAAACACUUGACUCGCUAAUUUUUGACGACCCUCUUGCUGGAGAAAUGUCUAAAGAAUUGAGAGAAGACCUUUUCAAGAACCCUAUUUCCUCUAGCAGAAACCCUGAAGCAGGAGAUGAACAGUUUUUGCAAGAUGUGACCUCAAUUCAUUAUUCCUUAGGAAAGGCUAAGAAACUGAUAAAAAUGAAAUCUGAGGCUAAUCAGAAAAUCAGGUCAUAUUAUCACUCAACAGCAGAAAAACAAAGAGACCCUUCAUAUACAAAGAAUGCUAGCACUCGGUCCACCAAGGGAGUUAGAAACCUCAGAUCGGAGAAAUUGACUUCCAGAAAGGUGAAAAUUGUUGACUUCAGCAUGAUCUCAAAAUCCAUUGACAAUCCUUCAAAGAAAACUAAAGUUUCAGGAGCCAAGAGAAACCAGAUGCAGAAUCUGAUAGAUUCCGAGCUGAUGAAAGCCUACACCACACAAGAUAGCGCUGAGAACUUCUACGAGAAGAAGGCUCUAGCAGAGUCAAUGAAGAAGAGAUGGCUGCAAGACCAAGGCUAUUCUUCAAAGUAUGAGAAAAGAGAUAUUUUUAAGAAAUCUUUGGAGAAAUUCAAUAAGAAACUGGCCAAAAAUUAUGCAUAUCAUUCUCGGUCAAUCUCAAGAAAUAAAGCCAGACCUCAUACUACUGCUAGGUCAGGGAAGAGGAAAGGCAAGAUUUCAAUGGACUCAGAGGGAAAUGGCAUCAACUUUAAAUUAGGGAGAGAUCCUAAACAGAAGGACUCCAACGAGAACGAUCUUCAGUUGGUUGGAACAGCAAAAUCUUUUGCUGAAUUCUAUGUCCCCAAGAAAAAGAAACUAGCCAAAGAUCAAGCCACUUCUGUUGAUUAUGGAAUUGAUAUCAAAAACCCUCCUAGAGUCCAAGAGAUAAUCAACCUAAAGCCCGAGACAGGACAUAGCUUUACUAUUUUCUCUGAUCGUGCUGAAGAAUUGAUAAAUGAUCCCAGUACAUCUACUAGCCCUAAGGAAGAUACCAAACCUACUACUGAAACUACCAACCAGGAAAAGAAAGUUUUACAAAUGUGAAAACUGAACAAAACACUUAAAAAGUAUCAUUCCCGAAGCAAAGAUCAGAGCAGGAACCUCUGAGAAUCUUUCUGCCCUGAAAGUAACAGUAUUUUUGGCCAGUCAAAAUUCCAAGAUAUGGUGAAGUUAUCAAACAGCUACCUCUCAAACCCACUUGUAAGAGUCAGAAGUAAAUAAAUCAACCAGAGCUCCUUACAAAGAGCCAAAGACUAAUAGGAAUAUAAAUAGGAUCAGAGGAUAUCAAAAUCUUUCCCGUGAAAGCAAUUAUAUUAAGAAAAUUAAAAUGAGUAGAAGGAGGUUGAGUCAGAUGAACCAAGAAUAUCAAGAAAGUUGUCAGAUGGAUAUGAGGAUAACAUCAAUGAAUACUAAAAUUUCUGAAGAGGAUCCUCUUAAAACUGAUAGUUCUCUCCAGAUCAACUGAUUCCAAAACCAAUCAAUAGCUAAGAAUUUGAAACCAAACACAGGCUACUCGAACUACUCAAAUAGAACCAAAAAGAGCAGCCAACAGCCAGGAAUGUACCGAUCAAAGAAUGAAAACUCUCAGAUUGUAAGCAAAGAGCUUGAAACUCAUCCUAAGAUGUCUAAGCCUUCUAAAAAGAACCACUGUAGCUUCUUUACCAAUACACCAGGGUUAGCCUCCAGAACAGAGAGCCCAUCCUCUCACCAGAAAAUAAACAGAAAGAAGUUUAUCAGAAGGAAGAAGAAAAAUAAGGUGCAAUCGAUGGCUUUACAAGGCAAAGCCUUGCAGAUGAAAUACACUAAAUACGAAGAGAGCUUCCAGCAAUUUAAUGUUGAUGAUUGCUUACAGUCCAAGCAGAUAAAUAGCUUCCUCCCCAAUGGCAAUGAACAGCCUGGCAUGGAGUUGAAUAAAGACUUAGAAGUAGGCAAAUCUAUUUCAAAGGCAAAGAAGAGUAACAGAGUCCUGCUCUGAAUGUCAAGAGGACUUAAUAUUGGUAGAGCUCCUGAAUUUCCAAGUCAUGCCAGAAAUACUUACAUGGCAAGGUCAAAGAUGCCUACCAAAGUAGAUGCUGCAGUUCAGAUUUAA